AGACAAGCGUGAGGUAAUAAUAAAAACCCUUCGCUUUCUAAGCAAAUUGUCUGGUCUCUUGUUCCUUUUUUUCUUCUUUCUUGACUGUAGAAUCCGUCGACGAAACUUAAAAGCUUCAAUGGCAGAAUGAGCAGAGGAAUUUGCAAUUUCUUCUUCCGAGAAGAAGAAUAUGGCUUUGGAGAAGGAAGAAGAAGCGUUACAAAACGGUGCGUUUUGUGUUCUUGAUGGGCUCUAUUGCGAGGAAGAAACCGGGUUUGUGGAAGAGGAGGAUCUUGAUGGAGACGGGGACUUUGAUUUUCUCGAGAAAUCCGAUGAGAGUGUCGCAAAGUUUCAGUUUUUACCUCCUUUGGAUACGUUUCUAUGGGACGACGAUGAGCUGCUGAGUCUGAUUUCAAAAGAAAACGAAACGAAUCCUUGUUUUGGGGACGGGAUCUUAGAUGAGUUUUUGGUUUCUUGUAGGAGAGAGGCUUUAGAUUGGGUUUUUAGGGUUAAAUCUCAUCUCGGGUUCACUUCAUUGACGGCUAUCCUUGCUGUGAAUUACUUCGAUAGGUUUAUGGCAACUAUAAAGUUUCAGGCAGAUAAGCCAUGGAUGUCGCAGCUUGUAGCUGUGGCGUGUCUGUCUUUAGCUGCUAAAGUCGAAGAAAUUCGAGUUCCGUUGCUCUUAGACCUCCAAGUGGAGGAAGCAAGAUAUGUUUUUGAAGCUAAGACUAUACAAAGGAUGGAGCUUUUGAUUUUGUCUACUCUCCAAUGGAGAAUGCACCCUGUCACUCCAAUCUCUUUCUUUGAUCACAUUAUUAGGCGAUUUGGCUCUGAACGUCUCCAGCAAUUGGAGUUCUUUAGGAAGUGUGAGCGUCUUCUGAUCUCCGUUGUUGCUGAUACGAGGUUUAUGAGUUACAUCCCUUCGGUGUUAGCUACUGCAAUAAUGAUUUAUGUCAUCAAGGAAUUGAAACCAUGUGACCAAGUUGAAUACCAAUCUCAAAUACUGACUCUACUCAAAGUUAAUCAGAAUAAAGUAAACGAAUGCUACGAACUGUUGUUGGAGCACAAUCCAAGCAAGAAGAGGAAGAUGAAUUGGCCUGAUCAGGACAGUCCAAGCGGUAUAUUUGACUUUGAUGACAGUUCAAAUGGCUCGUGGGUUGUCUCUACUACUUCAGUGUCAUCAUCAUCAUCGUCUCCAGAGCCUUUGCUCAAGAGAAGGAGAGUGCAGGAGCAGCAAAUGAGGUUGCCUUCAAUAAACCGUAUGUUUCUCGAUGUACUCAGUAGUAGUCCUCGUUAGUAGUACCUUUCUUUUGAUCAAAUGUGUCAAACAUAAAUUCAAUCUCUCUUUUUCUGCGUAUCAUUAUCGGCUGUUGCUUAAGGCAGAACAUUUUGUGAUAACUCUAAGUUUGUUGUCUUAAAUCUUAAUAUUCAUUCAUCACUCA